UAGUAGUAGUAGUAGUAGUAGUAGUCUUUCUCUAGUUGUCAGGUUCAUUAUGGCGGUGAACAUACCAGGAGUGAUUGCUAUGGUGUUUUUCUAUCUGCUGGUGCUUGGGACGGGCAUCUGGGCUUCCUUCAAAUCCAAAAGGAAGCAGAGGAAAAAUGGUGCGUCUGAACUAGAGAUGACUCUUCUGGGGAACCGACAGAUCAACUUGGUGGUGGGAGUCUUCACAAUGACAGCGUCAUGGGUUGGAGGAGGCUUCAUCGUCGGCACAGCUGAAACUGUGUACCAGCCGUCAAUGGGACUAACAAUGAUCCUAAUAUUAUUCCUGGCAUACAGUACAUCAUUUCUAUUGUGUGGAUUCGUGUUUGCUAAACCAUUACGAGACAAAAAGUGUGUCACCAUGAUGGAUCCCUUUCAUAGGAAGUACGGGAAAGGGAUUACAUCUUUCUUCUGCCUGGUUUCAGUUUUUCUUGAUUUACUCUGUAUGGCCUCCACAUUGAUUGGCUUGGGUGCCACGGUCAGUGUGGUUCUGGACCUGUCCUACACUGUGAGCAUCUGGAUCUCUGCAGCUGUGGCCAUCACCUACACUCUGAUGGGAGGACUCUACUCUGUGGCCUACACGGACAUCAUCCAACUGGUGCUCAUCUUCAUCAGCCUGUGGCUCUGCCUUCCGUUUAUUCUGAUGAACCCUCACACUGUCCGCAUCGAUGAGACUCUAAUGAACAACACUCUGCACACACCCUGGAUUGGCAAACCACAUUUAGAAAGGAUCUGGAUUAUGUUGGACAACUUCUUACAAAUGUCCAUUGGAAGUAUGGCAUUUCAGUGUUUGCAUCAGAGAACCCUGUCUGCUUCCUCCACUGGUACAGCCAAGAUCACCUGCUGUGUAGCCGCCGUCCUCUUGUUGAUAUGUGGGAUUCCUCCUGUUUUGUUUGGAGCAGCGGCUGCUUCCACAGACUGGAACCAGACGUCGUACGGGUCUCCCUCCCCUUAUGAACGAGGAGAAGCCGCUCAGGUGGUGCCCAUCAUGCUGGAGGCCCUCACACCCUCUUACAUCUCCAUCAUUGGGAUUGGCUGUGUGGCCGCUGCUGUCAUGUCAUCAGCAGACUCAGCACUGAUGUCUGCAGCCUCAGUUUUCUCUGCGAACAUCUACAAGAACAUAAUGAGGCCCACGGCAUCGGAGCGAGAGAUGCAGUGGGUGAUUCGUGCCUCAGUGUUUGUGGUCGGGGUCUGUGGGACGUCACUGACCAUGUUAAAAAAUAGUGCUGUACUAUUUUGGUUCCUUUCUGCUGACAUAGGUUACAUCAUUACAUUCCCCCAGUUCUUUUGCGUCCUCUUCUUCAACAUCUCAAAUAGUUAUGGCGCCAUCAUGGGGUUUCUGGUGGGGUUUCCUUUACGGUUGCUGUGUGGAGAACCUUCAGUCGGGUUACCUGCAGUACUACACUUCCCAGGAUGCACUCUGGAGGAUGGCGUUUACAUUCAGUACUCUCCCGUUAAAACCAUCUGCAUGUUGGUGACGCUCGCUUCGGUUUUGCUCUUUUCUUACCUGGCCUCUCUGCUCUUCAAUCGAGGCCUGCUUCCAGAGAGAUGGGAUGUGUUUCAAGUCAAAGCUACAUUAACACAAUCAAGAAGAAACCAUGAGGGUGAAAAAGAGGAUCUGAGUGUGCCAAAGGGAGAGUACAACAUGGACACUCUGCAGCCGAUGAUAAGAACAUGAUGGAAAGGUUGUGUUUAUCAGGGUUGAUCAUUUUGUUUAAAAUAGGUGUAAUUUCCUGCAUUUUGGUG